CACAGACUUAUUAUAGAAAAUAUUGUUCGUCUCACACUCCUUCAAUAUCAUGAGCCUUCGGCUCUUGUGCUUCUUAUUGACAAGCGUCUUGGCAGACGACGGCGAAGUAAGUCACCGAGUUACGACAAGCCCACCUCCUUUUAUCAAGGGAACAAAUUUACAUAUCUUGGAUGAGGACACAGCAAAACCCUGUAUCGAACCGCAGCUCACAGGGCCAAGCCUAAGCGUCAGUCCACUCAGUCAUCAGCCGCUAACAGCAAGAACUGCCGAAGAAAAAGAAGAAAAGAAAAGGAAGGAAAAAGGAGAAAAGAAAAGAAAAAACAACUUGCUGGCAACGGGGGAAGGGGACAAAGCGAAGAAAAGAAAAGAAGACCAAGACGAAGAAACCAAAGACGAAAAAGGGCGGUCAGAACCUCGUGGCGAGGACCUCGGGAAGCUCGUGAAUUCAGGCUGGCACUGCUGCCUGCCGCUUGAAACUUGGGUCUCGAAGCCGAGCCAGCCCACGGCAAGUCUAGCAGAGAGCGAUGUCGAACCAGCUGGGGACCGGAGUCGGAAGAGAUGGACGAACAGGCAUACCGAAGACACAUUAAGCUCCUAGCCGUGUGCUUGGAGACUUCGGAGCAUGGGAGGUGGAAACUACAGA